AGUUGACAGUAUUGUAUAAAAUGGUGAAUUCUUCGUGCUAAACUUGUGCUUGAAGUUUAAUGCGUGUUUGGGUACUGUCUCGUUAAAAACGGUCGUUGAUAUAUUUUGCACCGGACAUUUUGUUCGUGCUGCACAAGGAAAAAUCAUGGCGGAUUUAGAAGCAGUAUUAGCGGAUGUGAGUUAUCUUAUGGCUAUGGAGAAAAGCAAAGGUGCUCCAGCUGCAAGAGCAGUAAAGAGAAUUCAACUGCCAGAUCCCAGCAUUCGAACUCUGAUGCAGAAAUAUCUAACUGAGCGAGAACUUAUUAACUUCGACGAGAUAUUCAACCAAGAAAUUGGUUACCGACUUUUUAAAGAAUUUUGCACACAGUCCGACCUUCCAAUUCCACAGUUGCUUUUCUACGAAGAGAUUUUAACUUUUCAAAGCAUGGACUUGGAGGAGGAGAGAGCAACACAAGCAAAGAUGAUGUACAAUCAAUUUAUAAUGAAAAAACUUGUACAAAACAUGCCCACGGAGUUUUCCAAAGACGCAUUGGAUAUUGUAAAAGCAAAGAUACUUAAAAAUCAUUUUCCAAUUGAUCUAUUUCAGGUUUAUGACAAGGAAGUAAGAGAGAGCCUUAAGAAACAUUUCUUCCAGUUAUUUGUUGAAAGUGACAAAUUCACACGCUAUCUGCAGUGGAAAAACCUUGAAUUAAGUCUCCAUCUGACAAUGAACGAUUUCAGCGUACACCGAAUAAUCGGACGUGGUGGAUUUGGAGAAGUGUAUGGUUGCAGAAAGGCUGACACAGGAACCAUGUACGCUAUGAAAUGUUUGGAUAAAAAAAGGAUUAAAUUAAAACAAGGGGAAUCUCUCUCUCUUAACGAAAGAAAGAUGCUUCAAAUGGUCGAUUCCCCCUUCAUUGUCUGUAUUUCUUACGCAUUCCAGUCUAUUGAUAAACUUUGCUUUGUACUUGAUCUUAUGAACGGUGGUGACUUGCAUUACCAACUCACACAAAGAGGAACGUUCACUGAGAAUGAAGUCCGAUUUUAUGCGUCGGAAAUUCUUCUUGGACUUGAUCAUAUGCACUCACAUGGAAUUGUUUAUCGAGAUUUAAAACCUGCUAAUAUCUUGCUUGAUGAAAAAGGCCACACAAAAAUAUCCGAUUUGGGAUUAGCGUGCGAUUUAUCAAGAAAAAGACCUCAUGCUAGCGUAGGUACACAUGGAUAUAUCGCUCCUGAAGUGCUGACGCGUGGCAUGUCUUAUGACACUGGAGCUGACUGGUUCUCUUAUGGGUGUACCGUGUUUAAACUGCUGCGCGGACAUUCACCAUUUCGAAACCACAAGACUAAAGAUAAAGCAGAAAUUGAUAAGAUGACGCUGACAAUGGAAGUAAAAAUGCCGUCAAGUUUUUCGGAUGAGGUUUCAGAUUUCUUGCAACAACUUUUAAUCAAAGAUCCCAAGGAUAGACUUGGCUGUCGCGGCAGAGCAGGCGAGGAGCUGAAAGAACAUUCUUUUUUCUUGGAUGUAGACUGGGACCAAGUUCAAAGACAAAAGUACUUGCCCCCUCUAACCCCCCCUCGUGGCGAAGUUAACGCAGCCGACGCGUUCGACAUCGGAAACUUUGAUGAUGAUGAAACAAAGGGAAUAAAACUGACCGACGCAGACCAAGAUUUAUAUCAAGAUUUUGAUCUCGUUGUCUCGUCUCGGUGGCAGAAAGAAAUAUGCGACACAGUGUUUGACAUGGUGAACCAUGAGACCGAUAAACUGGAAGCAAAACGAAAGACAAAAGGCAAAGCUUUAUUUGCUGAUAAUUUAGAAGGCGAUUGUUUUCUUCACGGUAUAUUAUACAAGCUUGGGGGUCCCCUUGCGUUGACAACAUGGCAGAAAAAAUAUUUCUAUCUUUAUCCGAAUCGCCUUGAAUGGAAAGAUUAUGACGGAUCGAAAAAUUUGGUCGUUUUUGAGUCCGUAACAAUGAUCAAAGAGGGCCAAGCAAAAGGAAUGAAAUUCUGUCUUUUUAUUUCUACAAGAGAAAGCAGUAAAGAUAUCAUCCUACGCUGUGAGUCUCAGCCUGAAUUCACUCAAUGGUCUAAAGAUUUAAUCAAAACAUGGUGCCAGGCAAAGCGUGUCAUGAAAUCUGGUCCGAAACUUAUCAGUAUGCAAAGAUCAGUAGCAGAAGACGCAAAUUAUAACAAGAGCAAACUGAAGAGACGUGCCACCGUGGCUGGAUUACUGAACCAUUGAAUUAUGGCAAUAUUAGCAGCUCAAACGAAAGUUGUGGCAAAUAACUCCUUGAAUUCCUCUGCGCCAACUUACCGACAUAAGCUCGUUAUUUGUUCAGACUCUGACGACACUGCUGAAGCAGUACAGCAGACAAACACAUGAUUUUCUGUUACUACAAUCGCAUAAACUAAAUGCAUCUUAAAUUGGAGUAACUUUAGUCUAUAUUAAAGACAGGGGUUCUCAAACUUUUGAAACUACAACAUAUUUAUAAACGCUCAUUUUUUACAAUUUACACAUUCUAAAGUUUUUCCUAAAUUUUUGUUAUUUAUUUAAAGUUUUCAGCAAAGUUUGAGAAUCUCUAGAACCGUACUGCUAUAUCUUUAAUCACUUUACUAUAAAACAUCUAUUUUAAAUCCACGGUUUUAUUUUCCACUGUCAAAUGCCCAUAUAGGCACAAAAAAGCCAUAUCACUAAGAUAGCUCAAUUUUUAGGGAUUUUAAAAUUUUUGGGGAAACUAUUUCUGUCUUCGUCACACUACAUGUGUGAAUGUCAGAGUAUUUUGACUUUUACAUGUGCUCCUUACAUAAAGUUAAAAGAAGCACAUUUCUUAUUUUUAUCCGAUUUGCAUGCGAGUAUAUAAUGGUUUGUCAGCAGUGUUUUUUUCCCCUAUGUACUUAUUACAUGUGUAAUUUUAAUCACGUCCUUUUAAAAUGCGCACUUGUUAAAGAAUGUUAUUUUUUGCCUCUUAUGGAGUGUAUGUAAAAAAGUCUCUCGCAUUUUGUGUGGUACGUCAACGGGUAGCGGUAUAUCGAUUACACAGCAAAUGUUUUAGCAGAUUUGUUUUAACAUUAACUGGUAAAAAUGAGGAAAAAUAAAAAUGUUUGUGUAUACUUUAUCUUUUUGCACGUUGUUUUUAUUUUUUUCCUGAAAAAUCGUGUUUAUUUAUUCUGUAACCACAUUUUAAUUGCUGUUUUUUUUUGCGUCCACUAAAAUCCUAAAAACGGGGCAAAAAUUCAAGAAAGUUUUAAAAAUUUAUAUUUCCUUGGAUCCGAAUCCCAGUUUCGUGGCUAAAAGUCUUUUCGGCACGUUUAUGGUUUGCAUGACUGCCACUCUUUUAUGUGUUGUGUAAAUUCUGCAUAAUUACAAUAUUAUCGAUAUUUGGUUA